GUGUUUAUUACAAGAAAUAUUGACGUGUUUCAGACUAUUGAUGAUCCUUCAGUCCAUGGUAACCAGUUCCCUAUAUCAGCUGCGUUGCACGACGAUGGCUCAAUUGACCUACGAAUGUCUGACAUCCUCAGAGGGUGUGGUAAAGAAGAAACAAUAUGGCGGCUUUUGAAGUUGGACCAAAAAUUUAACAUACAGAACAUGACCUCGUAUAGAGAUAAAUGGCCGUCCGUUGAUUCACUCCUUGAAGCUAUCAACCAGGCGAUUCCUUCUUCGUUUAAAAUCCCACCAAUGGACGAAAUAUUCAAUAAACUCAACGCAACGGUCGCUAACGUCUCCAUAGUAACCGAAGAGCUUGGUAAAAACCUCAACGAUUCCCUUGAAGCCAAUGUACACUCCAUUGAUUUUAACAAGUUUAAAGAACAGAUUGGUUUGCCGCUUGUUGCUGUCUCUAUUGUACAAUUUUCUUCAAACUUGUCCUUUUUAUCGACGCAAGCCAGGUCAAGCAGCGAGGCUAUUGCCGAUAAUCUCGAAUUCUUAUCCAAUCGACUUGAAGAGAUACAAGAAGACACCAUUGACGCCUCUUUAACGCUCGUCAGCAUUCUUAAGGCCAAAGUACUCAAAUUAGAAGAAAAAGCAAACGAGACUUUGCAUUGCAUUAAUAAUGUGUUGGCGACUGUCCACAACGUAGACAAAUUUCUCCAGAAUGAUGCGUUAGUUUUAGCCAAUAAGGCCGCGAGGUCGUACAUUAAUCGAGUUCUUAGUUGGAUUGAUCAGUAUCUAAAAGAUGCUAUGUACAAGGUUAAUAACAGAGUUGGUGAAUGCUCGUCCGUCAAGAAAGCUUACGAUGCCUCAACGACUGCCUUUUGUGAAACCUUUCUUAGUCCAGUGAACGCGCUCUGGCUGUCCUUGGGAACCAUAGCAGUCUUUUCAUUAAUAUCCAUCAUCCUUUGCGUACGACUCGCUAAACAUUAUCGUCGUGCGGAACGGUCGUCAAGGAGUGCUAAAGUUGCUACGUACGGUGUUCCGUUGGCUCUUUUUACAAGUAAUGCUCCUAAUAGAAGAACUAAUGUAAAUCCAUGGAGGCGAGUAAAUAAGAAUACACCUGUUCCCAAUGUUGUAGAUAGAAUGAGAUGGGUGUGAUGUAAAGGUAAAAAUAAUAAUAUAACACGCCCUAUCAUUGGUCAAUAUAGCAACACACAAUAUCAUUGGUCAGUGUAGUAACAAGAUAUUAUGCUUGUUGUCAUUGGUCAAUAUAGCAAAAAUGUAAGGCGUGCUAUCACUGGUCAAUGUAUAUAUAUAUCAACAAUGGCUAUUUGUCAAUGUAGUGACAAAAUAUUACGCUUGCUGUCAUUGGUCAAUAUACAGUAGUGGCAGGUUUACGCGUGCUAUCAUUGGUCAAUGUAACAACAAUGGUAGGCGCACUAUCAUUGGUCAAUGUUAUAACAAAAUAUUACUCUCUCCGUCAUUGGUCAAUAGAGCAAUAAUUUUACGCGCUGUCAUUGGUCAAAUAGCAUUGAUAAGCAAGUAUUCUUUUGUACAGUAUCUAUUUGACGAAAUGCGCCUAGAUUUUGUUUCACCGGCUUAUAAUUAUUACAAAUAAACGGAGUAGAAAUGGCAUCUAUUUUGAUAGUUUCCAAUUCUAUUGCUUUCACUUGCAAUAGUACAAUAACCCCUGAAAAUAAAAAGGCAUAAAUUGCUGUAACUUUCAGUCUAUUCCAGGUUAGGUUGCCUGUGCAAACAAAAGUAAUGUCUUAUCAAAUUUUUAUAUUCUGUGCGAUUUCUAUUAUUAUGAUGGUUUUAUCUGAACAAUAUCUGAAAUGAAAACUGGAUCUUUUAAAUGAACAAAAAAAUCAAAAUACGUAUUUAUUUAUGAUGAAAUUGCUGUUUUAAACUUUGAACAAAAAAACGGUUUUUACUAAAUGCAAAUUGUUAAAUAUUUGUUGAGUGUUUUUUAUAA